GCGGGCGCUGGCGGGGGCGCCGAGUGCCGCCCCCCUGGCCUGCCGUCCUCUCCCUUCCCUUCCCCUCCUACUCCCGCCCGGCCCUGCCCGGCUCCCCUCGGCUCGGCGCUGUGAUUGGGCGGAAGAUGGCGCUGGGCGGAUGGAAAUCCUAAUGACAGUCUCCAAAAUCGCCUCCAUCUGUACCAUGGGCGCCAAUGCCUCAGCUUUGGAGAAAGAGAUUGGUCCGGAACAAUUUCCAGUCAAUGAGCACUAUUUUGGUUUGGUUAAUUUUGGGAAUACAUGCUACUGCAAUUCAGUUCUUCAGGCACUUUAUUUUUGUCGACCAUUUCGAGACAAAGUCUUAGCAUACAAGAGUCAACCAAGAAAAAAGGAGAAUCUCCUUACAUGCUUAGCUGAUCUCUUCCACAGUAUAGCCACCCAGAAGAAAAAAGUUGGAGUAAUACCUCCCAAGAAAUUUAUAACAAGAUUACGAAAAGAAAAUGAGCUUUUUGAUAACUACAUGCAGCAGGAUGCACAUGAGUUCUUAAACUAUCUAUUAAAUACAAUUGCGGAUAUCUUGCAAGAGGAAAGAAAACAAGAGAAACAAAAUGGUCGCCUACCUAAUGGCAACAUUGACAAUGAGAAUAAUAGCCCGCCAGACCCAACCUGGGUUCAUGAAAUCUUUCAGGGAACGUUAACUAAUGAAACCAGAUGUCUUACAUGUGAAACUAUAAGCAGCAAAGAUGAAGACUUUUUAGACCUUUCAGUUGAUGUGGAGCAGAAUACUUCAAUCACUCAUUGUUUAAGGGGUUUCAGCAAUACAGAAACUCUGUGCAGUGAAUACAAAUAUUACUGUGAAGAAUGUCGCAGUAAGCAAGAAGCACAUAAAAGGAUGAAAGUAAAAAAGCUGCCUAUGAUUCUAGCUCUCCAUUUGAAGAGAUUUAAGUACAUGGAUCAGCUGCAUCGAUACACAAAACUCUCUUAUAGAGUAGUUUUUCCUUUAGAGCUUCGUUUAUUUAACACCUCAGGAGAUGCCACCAAUCCUGACAGAAUGUAUGACCUUGUUGCUGUGGUAGUUCAUUGUGGAAGUGGCCCUAACAGAGGACAUUAUAUUGCAAUAGUGAAGAGUCAUGAUUUUUGGUUGCUUUUUGAUGAUGAUAUUGUUGAGAAAAUUGAUGCACAAGCUAUUGAAGAAUUCUACGGGUUGACAUCAGACAUCUCAAAGAACUCUGAGUCUGGUUACAUCCUCUUCUAUCAGUCUCGGGACUGAGGGGGAACUAGUGAAGAGAUGCCUCACAUCUUCUCUAUCUUGGAGUGGAGCAAGCACUGAAAAAAAGGAAAGCAGGGAGCUCCAGGGGCAGUAGCACAGUUUGCACAUGACUAAGCAAAGAGUUUGGGAUUCUUAAAACCUUUGUAUCAUUUUCAUUUUAUUUGCUCAGGUAUCGUGCUGACUACACAUCUCCACUGCAUCCCAUAAGCAAAAAGAGAGAUACCAGCCACUCUUGCAGGAGCUUUCCGUUAGGUAAUACUAUCUCUGUGAUCCUAAUUCAAAGCCCUUUAAGGUCACUGGAGAACCUUUCAUGGACUUCAGUGGAAUUUGAAUCAGGUUCUAACUGCACUGCCAGAUUGGUGCAAUAGGAGCAUUAGAAAUCUGUAUUUUAUACAGACUUCGUGUAUGAAAGAUAAAGGACUCUUUGUGAACUUCCCUGUGCUUAAGUUUAAAAGAAUGAGGUUGGGAGGAUUAAUGUGUAAGGAAGAAGAUAUAUCUGGGCCCAACAAUUGCCUUCUUGAUGGUAGUAGUUUAACUGAAGAUAUAAACUGGUGUCAGGGAGGCAAGUGUGUUUUGCUUCUCUGAAGAAGCUUACGUUAUUUAUAAUGUGUGAUCGGGAACAAUCAGUCAAGAUUAUGGCUUUUAAUCUCCGUAUGGGGAAAGAUUUGGUUUGUAAUAGUUUAUUUUUAUUUAUAAAUUAUUGUAACUUAGGAUCUUGUGUAUUGUCCUUUAUUCUAACAAGUAUUGGAAAUUUUAUAUAUUAAUUUGAAUUUAAACUAAUUAUGUUUAAAUGUUAGCGAAGAGCCAAUAUAAAUUCUAAAAACAAUGCCUACAAUAUCUGUGAAAAAUUAAUAACACAGAAGAGAGAUUUCCUUCUGGAGGAACUGGUAUCUACAUGAGGUAUUUUAUUAAAUAAAAUUAGAAUAUCCUCCUUCCAUUAAUGGGUGGGGGGAAAAAAAAGUGAUGAAGCUAUUACAUACAAGACUUUAAGAACGCAUAUGGUUAGAAAAUGAUGGUGCAGUGGUGGUAUACUGGUCUUUAUAAUUCUUUAAUAAUUUGUUAAUGGUUCAAACUCUAAGCAAAUUAGAAUGAUUUGGAUCAGAGUAAACAAUUUUAAGAAUAUUAUUCUGUCUCCUAAAAAUAGAUCCACUUCUGUUCCCAGUGGCAUGGGUGACUAUCUCAAUAACCUCUCAAGGUCUCAAGUAUGAAUUACAUCUGAAUAAUUAGGAGAAAUAGGCUUGGAAUUUCAUGAGACUGAAGAUACCACAUUCCUUUAAAAGUAAUAAUAUUUAAGUCCUGUAGAGUGAAUAUUUCUAAAACUAAGCAGUUUACCUUGCUUUAGGUUUAUGAAACAAUAGCAUUAAGAAUUAAAUCUUGACAAAACACCUGAUCUGUAAGAAAGGUGAACUAUUGUGAUUUGACAUUCUUCCGCUUACCAGUACGUUGUCUGACAGUAGCUGAAUGUAAUUUCUGGAAGGUCAUGGGAUGUGCAUUCCAGAUUAUGGCAAUCAGGUCUUGGAUGUCCUUGUCACUCUCUCUUCAGCUGGUGAUUUUUACAUUAUUGUAAUUUUCUAAGGUUAUUGUGUUGAUACUGUUGCAACUUUUAAAAAGAAUGUCUCCUGUCUGCUGCUAUAUCUGACUAUUUACUUACCUGUAUCUUUUAGCUCAGGAAAUGACUUCACCUAUUCACUCAGUUGAACAAAUCUUUAACAGGGUCACUAAAUAAAUUGGGCUAUUUAGCAACUGUCAUGCUGUAACAAAUUGCUUUUGUAAAAUGCAAACUUUCUAAGGCCUUGGUUUGGCUAGAAUUCUUUUAUAUAAAAGUUAUGUAUUACGAUUAAACUACCAGCAUUGUAAAGUAAAGCUUAAUAUUUAAAUAUUGUGGGAGAUGAAGAAAACAUGAUUGGAUUUUUCUUAAAGGAUUCAAAUAAUUUUAAAACCUUUUUUCAGCUUUCAGUGGGAAAAAGGUUAAGGGGUGAAUCAGUUGGAUAGUGGUGCAUGUAAGAAGGAUGAAGUCCUUUGCAUACUAAAGGUACAGUGUUGUAAAAGAACUGUCACAUUAUUUUUUGCUAAUUGAAAAUGUUUGGGUUCCUUUUUAUUGUUUUUGUUUCUUUUCUUUUUUUGUGUAGUUAAAAGCUGAGGGUAGUUGUUGAAUAUUUUAUACCCUAACAAAAUUUAAAACAUUUUUGUUGUUUCACUGGUUUUACUCCUGCAAUGUAUUUUUAUAAGAUACUGACUUUUAUUUUGUAUAGGGUUUUUGAGAUAGUAUUCCAAAUUAUAUAUUUCGUUUUUCUUUUAGUGCAGCUGGAAUAAUUGUAAGUUCUUAAUUAAAGUGAUAUCAGAAACUGCAACAUAAAAAAAAGAAAAGAGGCAGGGAAGUACAAAAUAUAAUGGAUUGGUAUGUAAAAGAACUGUCAUUAUAGGUCAAACAUUAUAGGAUUUCUUUCUUGGCUAUAAUACAGUGGGGAGUGUGGGAAAGUCGUCAGUUGUUUUAAAUGUUGGAAAUUAUUUGCUGUGUAACUAUGUAAAUGUUAAUUGGGACUACAGUCCCCUAUUUUGUAUAUUGGAGCAAAAAAUUCUAUUAAAUAAAGUAUGUUCUCUAAAGGUAAGUACUGUAUCCUUUGUGGAGCCCGAAUGGUCAGUCAGCUGCCUUUUGUGCUUUUCAGUGUUUUCAAACCUAAAAAAUAUCUGGAAUUUCCUGUAUUAAGCUAAGUGCUCUGAGCCAUGGAGGGAGAGGUGUGUUUAAUUACACUGCAUUAUAUAUCUUUCUAGAUGUGUUGCUAUGAAAAUAGUUUGGUGGCAGCCAUUGUUUUGGUGGUGUACUUCUCUGGAAUUAAUUUUAUGUAAGUUAUUGGUAUCUGAGGUAGAGGAGAAGGGAGGGGUUUGAAAUACUGUUCUUUCUUGACUUCCAUUUCCUCAAAAAAAUCUGUACCUUGCUAUAAAAUAUGAGUCUGAGUUACAUAGGGAAUUUCUUGUAUCGCCACCUUGUGGGAGGGAGAACAGAAGGAAAGAAAAAUAGGAGUGUUUACAGCAUUAGCAUAAGAGACUGACCAAAGAACUAGUGUCCAGUAUCAGAAGAAAAAGAUGCAGCUGGUUACAAUAUCGGUGUAUGAUUCAGUAUCAAGUCAUUCUUCACUUGGAGUAUACGCUACUGUUUGUAAUGGAUGGAUGUACUUAUGGUUUUACAAACUGUUCAUACGCUGCCACGUUUGUAGUUGUGAUGCCCACAUCCAUAGCCUUUAACUUCAUUAAAAUAGUGACUUUUAGGCAUUCAGGUACAUGUAUGAAUAUUUAAAUUGAACUAUGUUUUCUGAAGUUUGUCAUAAACCAGAUUGCAUAUCUUUGAGUGACAUUUAGAUGCUAGCACAUUUGAUGCCACUUCAGAUUUUCUGCCAUACCCUUCAACGUCUUCAUAGGACUAGCAGGAAUAACACAAGAUGCACAGAAGAUCUGUGUCCUUCUAAAGCAGCAGCUUGAAGCCAGACAGGACAUCCUGGCUUGUUCCCGGUGUCUGUCUCAGUGUUUCCACAAGCACUAUUGCAUAUGCAUUAUUUCAAUCAUAUACGGGUGAAAGUCUGUGUUGCUUGUUUACUUUUUUGUGGUGAUGUUUGUAAAACUUAAAACCUGAAGUAUUUGAGGCCUCUAGUUACUUUCAUAAUUCCCUUAUUAAAAUUAAAGAAACAUUA